UAAGAUGGCUGCCCACGGGGGCUCCGCAGCGUCGUCGGCGCUGAAGGGGUUAAUUCAGCAGUUCACCGCCAUCACCGGUGCAAGUGAAAGUGUAGGAAAACAUAUGCUGGAAGCCUGCAACAAUAAUCUGGAGAUGGCAGUCACUAUGUUUUUGGAUGGUGGAGGAAUUGCUGAAGAACCCAGUACCAGUUCAGCAAGUGUCUCCGCUGUCAGACCACACACAGAAGAAGAAGUACGUGCCCCAAUUCCUCAAAAGCAAGAAAUAUUGGUGGAACCAGAACCUUUGUUUGGCGCUCCUAAACGACGACGUCCUGCACGUUCAAUAUUUGAUGGUUUUCGAGAUUUUCAAACUGAAACUAUUAGGCAAGAGCAGGAAUUAAGAAACGGAGGAGCAAUAGAUAAAAAAUUAACCACCCUUGCAGAUCUAUUCCGGCCACCUAUUGACUUGAUGCAUAAAGGCAGCUUUGAAACAGCCAAAGAGUGUGGCCAAAUGCAGAAUAAAUGGCUGAUGAUAAACAUUCAAAAUGUGCAAGACUUUGCAUGCCAGUGCCUCAAUCGUGAUGUAUGGAGCAAUGAAGCUGUGAAGAAUAUUAUCCGGGAACAUUUCAUUUUCUGGCAGGUUUACCAUGACAGUGAGGAAGGUCAGAGAUACAUACAGUUUUAUAAGCUAGGGGAUUUCCCCUAUGUUUCCAUCUUGGACCCACGGACAGGUCAGAAGCUAGUAGAGUGGCACCAAUUAGAUGUGUCUUCUUUCUUGGACCAAGUGACAGGAUUUCUGGGUGAACAUGGGCAACUGGAUGGACUUUCUAGCAGUCCCCCCAAAAAAUGUGCCCGAUCAGAGAGCCUUAUAGAUGCAAGUGAAGACAGCCAGUUAGAAGCUGCCAUCAGAGCCUCCUUGCAAGAGACACAUUUCGAUUCAACACAGACAAAACAGGAUAGCCGUUCAGAUGAAGAAUCUGAAUCUGAACUUUUUUCUGGCAGUGAGGAGUUCAUAUCUGUUUGUGGUUCUGAUGAAGAAGAGGAGAUAGAGAAUCUUGCCAAAUCCAGAAAGUCUCCCCACAAAGAUUUGGGGCAUAGAAAAGAAGAGAACAGAAGGCCACUGACUGAGCCCCCAGCCAGAGUUGACCCUGGAACAGCCACUAACCACCAAGUAUUUACAGCUGUGGAUACAGAGAUCCUGGAGAUGUCACCUGAAAAAUCAGAUGGAAUAGUGGAGGGGGUAGAUGUAAAUGGACCAAAAGCACAGCUGAUGUUGCGGUACCCAGAUGGAAAAAGGGAGCAGAUCACUCUUCCAGAACAAGCUAAACUGCUAGCUUUGGUAAAGCAUGUCCAAUCUAAAGGAUAUCCAAAUGAACGCUUUGAACUACUCACCAACUUCCCUCGAAGAAAACUAUCUCACCUGGACUAUGAUAUUACAUUACAGGAGGCUGGCCUUUGUCCUCAAGAGACUGUCUUUGUACAAGAAAGAAAUUAACAUCAUGGCCUGACCUCUCUCAGCUUACCCCUUUUUUCCCUUUUCUCGUGAGAUACCAUGUUACUAAGUAAUGCAUUUUGGCUCAUAGGACCAUAGAGCCAAAGUUGGGCAAGCAAGUCACCUGCCUUCUCUUACUUCUUGUUCUUGUCUAUACUCAGUCUCUUUCUCCCCCAUUACUUUUUCCUCCUUUUCUCUUGCCUUCAAUUUUCUUCUUUUUCCCUCUUUCUUUCUUCCCUAAUCUGGUGACCAAAUGGAAGUGUAAGGAUAAGAUCUUCCCUAGUACUGGCAGCAGGAAAUGCGUCCCAUGAAGAGGUCAUUUGCACGGCACUUUGGGAUCAGAUGAUAAUGCAUUCAGACUCUUUGAC